UUGUUAUGUUAUUAAAGGUUAGAUUUGACAAAUCUACGCGAUAUCGUAGAUGACAAGAACUAUAAGGCCCUAAGGACAAGUGAAUUCAAGAUGUAACCGUUUUUGGACCUAAGGGUUCUGGUUUUUAAUUCAACACAGGUACGGAACCCAAAUAAGGAUUAACGUGGGAAAAUACUGAGUAGGUUCAUGACUAUCAGAUUUUUUUAUCUAAUGCUAUUUUAUUUAUCUUGUUGACGUAAGUAUAGGUAAAACGUAUGACGACGCCGAAGUUUUUAAUUAGUAUUGUUUAUCUGACCAUGACUUAUAAAUAAUAAUUUUUAUUAGGUAAUAAUUCUCUCGUCUUAUAGGGGUUUUAACUUAACAAUGGACAGGAAAUGAUAUUAUUUUACGUCGUCGACCAUAUGCUGGCGGAUUGAUCUGUAAUUUCUACAGAAAACCCUUUUCUUGUAAACAAUUACCUUACGUUCAUUGUAAGCAAAAAUUGCAUAAGCAAACCGCAUGUGGCGAAUUAAAUAGGAGCAAAGGAACCUGUUCCAGCAUUUUAGUACGCGUACGGCGUUCAACGAGCCACAAACGGCAGGCCUGUCGCCAUAAUUUAAAACGAUAGCGCGGAAUGUAGUUUUAUUGUGCACAUGCUAACAUACCUACUCAACAUAUUGCCGGUUGUGGACGGCGAUAAAUGAGUACAAACGAGCGAAAGCCACUUAGACGAAUUUACACUUUGUGGGAGACCGCUGCACCGAGCGCCGAGAUCGCUCCUACGAAGUACGAUCUCGUCAGCUACUAUCUACUGUUAUUAUAUGGGUAUAUGUAACUACUACCGUGUCUAUAUCUAAAGCCAAUAGUACCUUUACCUUAACUUUUAUGGCAAAAAGCAUAGGCCACUAAAAAUCCACUUACGACUGAUCUUUCUUUACACUAGGGUUCAUUCAAUAGGUCAAUGCACUUCCGAGGCAACGACGUCCAAAGCGAUUACAAGGCGCUGUUUUUGUAAUGAGAAUAUGAAAUAAAUACCAAUUUAAAUGUCCAAUUUGCGAUCAUCGUUGUAAUUUUAACUUUACGAUAAUUGUUUGUUAAAUUUGUAGGAUUCUUCACGAGAUUUGUUACAUAGGUGAUAAUGAGGUUGUAGGCUACAAUGUAGCCAAAUGCAACACUGUAGCGAUAAUAAUAUAAAACAAACAAUCAAAUAUGACCAUUCAUCGAUUGUAACAGAGGUUGUGUAAAGUAUUGAAGCGUGUUCUAAUAAGUGCUUGUGUGUUUAGAAAGAAAGGCCAAGCUAUAUUGACACAGUAAUCAGCAGGCACAAUAAGUCUACAAUACGACUUAUACCUGGUCGUGCGCUGCAUCGUGAUAACAGACGGUCCUAUUUUCAAAAUGGGUAAAAAAGGUUUAGACAGAGCUAUCAUAUCGGCAGCGAUAGUCGGCAUCCUGAUAUCCACGUACGCCUUGUUCGUGGAGAUGACCGCUGAAGCAGACCCCGAGUACAAGGCCUAUUGCGAUCUCGCUGAGAAAGCCAGCUGCUCGAAAGUUCUUACGUCUGAUUUCUCCAAAGGAUUUGGCAUGGUGUCGAAAGGGUCGGCGUUGGAACUUCCGAAUUGCAUCUAUGGAAUUGUUUUCUACUGCCUAAUGAUUAUUAUGACUACCUACGACGACCUGACGCUGGUGCGACUACAGUUUUUAACUGCAGUGAUAUCGGUUGUCACCUGUGGUUAUUUAGCCUACAUUUUAUUAUUUGUUCUACGAGAUUUCUGCGUGGUUUGUGUCUCCACUUACUUUGUAAAUGGUAGCAUAGCCGCAUUAGUCUAUAGGAAAUUGAAAUAUGUGCUUAAAAAAUGUCGAUAAAUAGAACAUAUACAUACUCGUGUGAACUGUAAAGAAAUAAUUUAUUCAAAUGAUUAAAAGUUUGUAAAAGUGA